AUGUUCGACCAGCCUGCCGCCGGCGCCCCUUCUGCAAUAACCACGGAUAAACCCCUUGCUGCACCAACUGGCUCUGUAACACUUGAGCACAUCAGGGAUUCUAUCGACGCGCUUAGGAACGAGCUUAAAUCCUCAUGUGUCGCUUCUGGGGCAAACUGCCUACAAGACUCCAGUCAACAUACCCCAGCGUACGCUGCAGCGCUGCCUAGUAAUGCCAGUCAUGAAGAUGAAGACAAGCUUCCACAGGACCCGCCAGAUAGCAGUACUACAACAGCACCGAUCUCGAUCAUCCGCCAGGUUAUUGUAGAUCGAGAUGCUGGAUACCGGCGAGAAUUCCCCGAUACCACCCCGGAUGUUGUGGCAGCUGGGAUCGUCCCUGAAACGGAAGCGCUUCAACUGGCAACCAAGUUAGUUCUUCGCACCCGUCAUUCUAGUCGGCAGUCUGGUGCCAUUUAA